UUUUAUUGAAGAUCAUGAAGAUGUAAAUAGUGUCAGUCGUAAUAAUAAACUGCUUCUCUGUAAUUAUAAUCGAUAAACAACACGAACGUUAAAAUGAUAUCAUUAACGAGAUGUUACGAAGCCAACAAAAUUAUUGUAGCAUUAAAAAUCAGAAAACUUUCGUUACCGUUCUCUACGGCAAGCACUACCAACGAUGAUACAGAAUUUCGAGUGUUGCAAUUAAUACCAGAAGAGAAGAAAACUAGUUUCAAAAGAAAACAUUCACAAACGUUUGUAAUAAAUAGCGCAACAACUAAGGCUAAAACAAUGCCAACAAAUCAAAAUUGGCAAGCAAUUUGGCCUGCUGCGCGAACAUUUCAUCCUGAUGUUGUACCCCUUCCUUUACGACAAGGAUAUAAAAAUUCUAAAGGGGUAUAUCCUGAUAAAUAUGCAAAUGCAGAACUUAUGAAAAUUCCGAACUUUCUACAUUUGACUCCACCUGUGAUUAAAAAACAUUGCGAAGCGUUAAAGAAAUUCUGCACAAAGUGGCCAAAAGAAUUGGAAACAAGCGAAAAAUCUGUACAAUAUUUCCCUGUUGAAAUAUCUACAUCUGAUUAUUGUUAUUCUUCUCCUACGAUAAGAGAACCUCUUGCCAGAAUAGUGACUCUGAGAGUAAAAUUAUCUUCUUUACAUUUAGAUGGUCAUGCUAAAGAUAAAAUGCUUAGAUUAGUGGGUGAUAGAUAUAAUUCUAAAACGGACCAAAUAACUAUAGUUGCUGACAGAUGCCCAACCAGAAAACAAAAUUUAGACUAUGCCAAAUAUCUUUUAACAGCUUUGUAUCACGUAUCUUGGCGUAUCGAACCAUGGGAAGCUGAAAAAUCUGAAGAUGACAUGGAGUAUUAUUACUGGGAUAAACGUAAAAGUAGACAAACUUUAACAGCUGUACAUUGUUGGCCCAAUUCGCCAACCGAUACCAAUUACGAGUCGAUACCGCAUGUAACAGAAUAUAAAAAUGCAGUAUCAGAACUGAUGAAUAACGAAGAAAAUCAUUUUUUUCUCAAUCAGUACAAACAAGCUGUCAAGAAUGUGUUAAAUAUAAAAUAACGGAAUAAAUCUGUAUAUUAAUGUUA